GCGGAAAGACGCGAAAGGCUUCUGAAAGCAAAGAGUGAAUUGGUGAACAGCCAGCAAGUGAGAAGAAAACAAUUGUGCUGGAUCAGACUGAGCAUCUCGGCUACAUCAGUGAUACGAGUCGCGACUCCCAGUUUCGCGGUGAAUUGGCGCAGCUUCUCCAGCAAAAACUCACCAACGACAUUCACGAGUAUUCUUCAGCUUCAUUCAUUUGUAUCCGACCAGCCUCACCUACGUCGCAUCUUUUGCUGCCUACCAACUCAGUCCGCUCCUUUCUAUUCCCAUACAGCAAUCUACUACUACGUCCAUUCUUCGCCGACCUCCAACUUUCUUUCUCUUCCUUCCAUCCUUCCAACCCUUCAACCUUUUCAAAUCCAUCAUCAAAACACCUCAAAUUCUCUGUCGCCGGUCGAUUACAACAGUACAGCAAGCACAGAAGCCUACAGUAUACUAGGUCGCGUGCAAACAUGCAAUCUUCAGGCAAAUUCAAGACUCUCGCGGAGACAGUCAUGACUUUCGUCGCGAUCCUCUUCUUUGUCCUUCCUACUCACGCCUUCUUCCGUCACCUAUGCUUCGGCGAGUUGGCAAAUGGUCGCAUUGAUCCGAUCAUGUCACCAGGCCACCCAUCCCAACAUCUUCACGUUACCUUCGGCGCGUCCAACCUUGGCCUCGACAGUACCAUUGAGGAGCUCAUGGCAUCGAACUGCACUAGUUGCUCAAUCACCCAGGAUCAUUCUGCAUACUGGGCUCCCCGCAUGUACUUUCAGCACUCCAAUGGUACUUUUGAGAUGGUUCCUACUUCUGGCGGAAUGACUGUCUAUUACUUCACUGAAGGCCCCGGUGCAGGCUUUGGCGCCGAAGUCACUGCAUUCCCCCAGAACUUUCGCAUGAUUGCUGGCAUGUCCUCGAAGCGGACCUUUGUCGGACCAAAUCCAGAUACUCCCAUGGCACUAUGGACUGAUGCGGAUCGCACUCAACCAUCAUUGAUGGAAAAAGCUCUCGGCUUCAAUUGCCUACACUAUGAUCACCCUCCAAACGAAGGCGCAUUGGAAGUCCAUUACUUACGCAACAAGACUUACCUUGAUGAGUUCUGUGACGACGGUCUUCGUGCUGAAGUGAUGUUCCCCUCCUGCUGGAAUGGCAAAGAUUUGGACAGUGAGAAUCACACUACACAUGUCGCAUAUCCCAAUGAAGUCAAAUAUGGUGCAUGCCCGGAUGACUACCCUGUUCGUCUUCCUGUCCUUUUCUAUGAGACAAUCUACCAGACCAACCUCUUCACAAGUGUCGAUGGACAGUUCGUCUUUUCCAAUGGCGACCCUACGGGACUUGGUUACCAUGGAGAUUUCAUUUGCGGAUGGGACAGUGGUCUUCUACAAGAGGCAAUUGAUGAUAGCGCUUGCACCAGCUCCAACAGCACCGGCCUUCAAGAAGAUUGUCCUCUCUUCAACAUACAAAGCCAGGCUAAUGCUACACAAUGCAAGCUUGAGAUGCCAGAAGCACUGCAACAUGAGCGUAUCAACUACGUCCAAGAACUACCUGGCAACAUGAACAUCACUGGAUCAGAUUCUAUUGAGAUUCCCGUCUUUGCACCGUCUGCAUCACCCUUGGCCAACACCACUGUCUCUGCAACCCCUGCCGGACCAUCGCCAGGACCGAUCGCAUCUGCCACAGAAUCUGCAGACAGUGUCAUUACUUCAAUUGCCAGUUCAAUCACGGAGGCUCAAACAACAAUCACUACAACUUACAUGAGCAAUGGAGUUGCUGUCCACAUGGUGAUGGUCGAAGAGAUUGUCACUGUUACCGUGACCGAGCCAGCCACUCCUACGGGACGGUAUGGCAGACGCCAACAUGUGCACAAGCAUGUGCACAUGAACAAUCAACACGGCAUGCACUGAAGGAGCAAUGGGACAUGCGGGUAUAGCAACCGAGGGUGGACACCUUGGCUAUCAGACGACAUCGACACGACAUGUCUUGGAAAUCAAACCUGCAUAUCUAUUGAAUUCUCGCAUAGUGCCAGGAGCACCGUGAAUGAGCACGGAGGAUGUGUUUUUUUCUUUUUUGCGUGUUUUAUCAAAUGAGCUAGAUAGGGAGUGAUGAUUGAUUGACUUGGGAAUGAUGAACUAUUGACGAGCUACAUGAUAACAACUGCUGUG